AUGUCCCAAUAUACAACUGGUGAAUUCGAUUUACUGAUCCAGAAGGCUACUAGUGAGAGUAUCCCUAAUGGGGAAUUGGAUCUUCCUGUAGCAUUAGAGAUAUCUGAUAUUAUCAGGUCUCGUAAAUUAAAACCGUUGGAAUGUAUGCGAUGUUUGAAGAAAAGAAUAGGAUCCACAUUAGGUAACCCGAACACACAGCUAUCUUCAUGGAAAUUACUUGAGGUUUGCAUUAAAAAUGGUGGUACCCCAUUCAUUGUUACCAUUUGUUCGAGAGAGUUUAUGGAUACUAUUGAACAUACAAUAAUUAGAAUGUAUGACAACAGAAAUGCCUCGGGAGAUGAUGAACUAUAUGAACUUGUUGCAAAGAUAUUUUAUGAGUUAUAUCUUGCUUUUAAGAAUGACUCCCAAUUACAUUAUGUAUCCACCGUGUAUACCAAGUUAACUUCACGUGGUAUUAAAUUCCCGGAGUAUCUAGUAGAUACAAAUUCUCCAAUGAUAAUGUUUGAUUCAAAGACACCAGCAGAUUGGGUUGAUUCGGAUGCAUGUAUGAUUUGUUCUAAAAAGUUUUCAAUGAUAAAUAGAAGACAUCAUUGUCGUUCAUGUGGUGGUAUCUUUUGUCAAGAUCAUUCUUCACAUAAUAUUCCAUUACCAGACUUAGGAAUCACUGAAGAGGUUAGAGUUUGCGAUAAUUGUUUCGAAGAUUAUGACAUGAAGAAACGUGGCAGUGGAGGCGGGAGUAGUAGCAAUAAAAAAAAACAUCAUAGGAAGCAUGGUAAAAAGAAUAAGAAUAUUGAAGAUGAUGAGGAUGAACAAUUGAAACGAGCCAUAGAAUUAUCGUUACAAGAGAGUAAUAGUAAUAGUAUUGAACCUAUUGUCCCGGUAGUAGAACCUGUCCAUGACACUAACGAUAUCACUGAGGAUGAUCCAGAUUUGAAAGCUGCCAUAGCGGAGAGUUUAAGAGAAGCAGAAGCUACAAAGGCCAGGAACACUAACAUGCAACAAUCUCAACAGACCGCCUAUCCUCAAUUCCAGCAGCAAUUAAAUAACGAUUUAACUAAUGCAGAAGAAGAAGACAUAUACUUGUUUGCUUCCUUAGUUGAAAAGAUGAAGACGCAAACGGUUACUGAUAUAUUAGAUGAUUCACAAUUACAGAACUUAUACCAAAAAGUCAUUGCCUCUAAACCAAAGCUGAACCACUCACUAAACGAUAAGGUUAAUAAAUAUAAUACAUUGAUAGACAUGAAUGCGAAGAUUUCAGAUAUUAUGAAUAUAUAUGAUUCAUUAUUAGAACAACAACUAAGAAGUAUCAAUAUUUCUCAGCAAUAUAGUCUAGCUCAGCAGCCUUCAGAUCCUUAUGCUGUGACACAACAGCUUCCUAGUCAGCCACAACAAGUACAGCAUCCAGUGCAACACGUUGCACCUCAAGUUCAACCAGUCCUAAACACCACCGUACCUGAUUCCCAGGUUCCUGCUCAACCUGUUGCCAAUCUACAAACACAAUCAUAUGCUCAAGUAGCGGUUGAAAACAAUCCACCGUCAACAUUACCAUCUGAACCUCCGUAUCCAGAAGAGAACGAGUUUUCUUCAAAAAAUGACGAGGUCAAACAAAUAGAACCAGAAGAACAUUCGAAUGGUGGGAAAUUGCCUUAUCCAAUGGAAGCUAAUGAACAUACUGGAAUAUCUAAUGAAGUUAAUGAACCUACCAAUAUUGUAAAGUACGAUUUUCCUGCUGUUCCAGCUACCAAACUACCGACUACUAUAAUGCCUAAUGGUGUUACCAACGAUUCAGUGACUAUUCAAAAUAAGGUAGAGCAACCACAAGAAGAGGAAUUGUUACUUGAAUUGUAA